UACAAAGAAAUAUUUGUACUGGCAUUUCUAGUUUGCCUCUCAAUCUGUGCCCAAACUGUGCUUGGAAAAUGUAUAACACUUUUGGAAUUAAAUCAUUCAAAAUUGAAAAUCCUAAAAUCAUUUAAAAGAAAAUCUUGAAGAACGAACGAACGAGAUCCUCAGACUCGCAUAUGGAGGCGAUUUGCCAUUUUUUUCGUACCAAUUAUAUAUUGGCUAACUGUGAGGAUGUGAUAUCUAAGAAGGCAUUCUCUUUGAAUCUUUCCCAUUACCAAAUGGCCGAGCUGCCGGAAAUAAUCAAGCGUUGUGAUACGUUGAUGAAGUUGUAUCUAAAUCAAAAUAUAUUAACAAAGGUACCAUCCAGCCUUGGCAAUUUGUUUCGAUUGCAAGUCCUGGCGCUGGAUUACAACAAGCUAACCGAAUUUCCCAUGUGCAUAUGUCAACUGGUCAGAUUGAAAUUCCUGAAUGUCAGUUGUAACAAUAUUAUUUGCCUACCACCAGAACUGGGAAAUCUUACGGCAUUGGAAACCUUUUGGUGCAAUAAUACAGGCCUACGAAUCCUGCCAGCUGAAAUAUCCAACUGUGAACGUCUUCAGACUCUGGGAGUUCGAGGUAAUCGACUGCGAACAUUGCCAAGCUCUAUGGGAACGCUCUCGGAAUUGCGUUGGUUUACGGCUGAAAACAAUGAGCUAAGUGAGGUGCCAUCGACAUUUGGAUUACUGCAAAAUUUGGUACAUCUGAACUUGAAGGAAAAUCAACUGAGUCGAUUUCCACGCUUGCUUAUAUCAAUGCCGAAUCUGAAAUUCGUCUUUCUUAAUCAAAACCUAAUUGUCGACGCUCCAACACGAUCGGAUUUGGAGCAAUUACAAUUUCUACGCAUGUUAAAUUUGUCAAAGAAUCCCAUUAGCACGCAAGCUGAAUUGCAAAAACUGGCACAGCAACAAACCAAUAUCUACGUCGAGAUGUCGGAUGAUCUGCUUCAUGACUCGGCAAUUACACUUGGAAGAUACAGUCCUAAUACACAGGAAGAGGCAAAUGCGAAUCCGAACCACGAAUCCUCCUCGGAUUGGGCCAAUAGCGUACGUACAAGCCAAUUAGACAGUUCAGACGAGAGUACAUUAGAGAACACCAUUGAGGAUAUAAGUGUAAUGCUGCCGGAAAUGUCUCGUUAUGUUACGACGUUCUAGGACAUUAAAGAAUAUAAAUCUGUUGUGAA